ACAUCACACUGGAGGCGAGCUCACAGAGGAUCCAUUAUCAUCACCGCCGCCGUUCCGAGUGCGCGUUAUUGCCGCUCCAAAAUAGCAGAGGAAAUUAGUAGAAGGGCUGAAAAAACGGGAGGAAACUGAUGGUUUUUUGGUAUGGAUAGGAGGGGAUGAAAAAAGAGAGGAGGGGCAGAAGAGGGAGAGAGAGAGAGAGAGAGAGAGAAAGUGGGUGGGAGGACCGACGUGAGCUAGCUUACGAGAGCCUUCGUAUCAAUUAAUAAUGAUAAAAAAGAGCUGGUGAAAAGCACGCUGGCAUGGCUGAGUGGAGGCUGGCACUCGGGACGUCAGAUAUGACUGCAGCAGCCUGCUGACAUGAUCAUUGAGGCAGACUCGGAUGGGAUGGCAGCAGACAUCGGGCAUGCAGGUGGCGGACUGAAGACGAUGCUGGAUGCCAUGGAAGUACCAAGUCACGCUCGGGAUCUCCUCCUGCAGCUCAACAGCCAGCGCACCAAAGGAUUCCUUUGCGAUGUCAUCAUUGUGGUGCAGAACGCCCUCUUCAGGGCACACAAGAACAUUCUGGCGGCCAGCAGCCUCUACUUGAAGUCCUUGGUGGUUCACGACAAUCUAAUCAACCUUGACCAUGAGAUGGUGAGUCCCGGGGUCUUCCGGGUCAUUCUGGACUACAUCUACACGGGCCGCCUCACCGAGGGGGACCCUUCUUCUCCCACCGAGCCCAACCUGGGUGCUGUUUUGGCUGCGGCAAGCUACCUGCAGCUGCUUGACUUAGUAGCUCUGUGCAAAAAGAAACUUAAAAGAAAUGGCAAGUACCAAACUCGCACCACUCCCGCCUUCCUGCCUUACGCAAAGAUGGGCGUCAUGGGGCUCGGUGGCGGAGGCCGCUACAGGGUUCCCACUCCUGUCAUCCAGCCGUGUCCCCCCGGGGGGAUGAUGAACAGCCACACUGCCCGGCCUCCGCCGUUGGAGGAGCUGGUUCCCCAUCGGCUCGCCAUCCAUACCGGCGAGCUGUACGCCCCCACCUCCACCCAAGGCCCCCAGGCCUUUCCGUCCAUUCAGUCGGUGCUGCCAGCUCAGCUUGGCCUACGUUCUGCGCUUCCGGAGAGGAACUGCUCCCCAAACUAUGGCCUGGACCUCUCCAAGAAGAGUCCCAGCUCUCAAUCUCAGCACACCCCUUCCCAGUCCCAUGUGGUCAGCACCCACAACGAUGAGGAACGAGACGGGACCGCGAGCGGCCACGCCAGUCCCACGCAGGGAGCCAACGGCAGGGCCUUCCCUUCCGAAAAAAUGGAGACGGCGGAUCAGACGAGUACUCUCACUCCACCGCCGUUUCCACACAACCAACCGCUCGGCCCCCAUCUGCCCCACCUCCAUCGCUCGGGAUCACAGGGCACCGACCGCUUCCCGUGCCCGCCGAGCCCGGACACCCUCACGGAAGUCGGGGAGGCCGGAAGAGAGGUAGGCAACAUCUACCGCUGGGUGAAACACGAGCCGCUGCCGUACGCGGCCGAGGCUGAGGACGAGGAUGAAGACGAGGAUGAGGAGGAAGGGGGCGAAAACGGAGAACGGCGGCACAACCACCACAAGGAGGAAAGCGAGGGCCCGGACGACAAAAGUGGCUCUGGCACCGAGGAGACGGGCAGUAGCGAGGGUCGCCCGUCGCCUUCCGGACCCAUGGGGAGGUUCCAUGUUCCGUACGAGCCGGAGAGUUACGGGGACAAUCUGUACGUGUGCAUCCCCUGCGACAAGGGCUUCCCGAGCUCAGAGCAGCUCAACGCGCAUGUGGAGACUCACACGGAGGAGGAGCUUUACGGCAACUCGGCCGGCGAGCUGGGAAACGGCAACAGCGGCAAGAAUAUCAGCAGCAGCACCAACGGCUACGGCGGCACCGCCCUGAGCAGUCUCUCCCAUCUGGAGACAAAGUCCAACCAGGUUUUGGCCCCGGGGACCAUCGGGGAGAUGAUCCGCCCGUACCGCUGCUCCUCCUGCGAUAAGUCCUACAAGGAUCCGGCGACUCUGCGGCAGCACGAAAAGACCCACUGGCUCACCCGGCCCUACCCGUGCAGCAUCUGCGGCAAGAAGUUCACGCAACGCGGCACCAUGACGCGCCACAUGCGCAGCCACCUGGGCCUCAAGCCCUUCGCCUGCGACUCCUGCGGCAUGCGCUUCACUCGCCAGUACCGCCUCACCGAGCACAUGCGCAUCCACUCCGGGGAGAAGCCGUACGAGUGCCAAGUGUGCGGCGGAAAGUUCGCCCAACAGCGCAACCUGAUCAGUCACAUGAAGAUGCACAGCGGCGGGGGCGGGGCCGGCGGCCUGACCGCCGAAGGCAAGCUGAAGCUGGACUUUGCCGAGGGCAUCUACCCCCUCAGCAAGUACACGGCUGAACAUCUGGGGCUCAAGCAGGAGAAGGCCAACGAGCUCCUCCUCCAGGCGCAGCAGCAGCUGGUGGCCGACGCCAAGGUCAUGGAGAGUCUCUACCCGCUUUCCAAACUGGCGUCGGAGCACCUGGGGGCUCUGGGCCACGACAAGAUGGACAUCCUGUGCCACGCCCUCCCCCCCCCACCCCAGCAGGCCCUCUCCGAGGCCCGCACCAUUGACCGCUACUCGCCCAGCUAAGACUUCACCACAGCCAACACGCAGUAUUCUGACGCCGUUCACCUCAAGUAAAUAACCCCUCCGCACCUCAGACUGUGGCGACUGUAAGUGCCUUUCUAUGCGUCUAAUCUUUGAAGCCUCCUACCGGAAGGAGCACUGUGCUAUCUAUCCUGUGACCAAGGGACACUUGCUUGAGAGCAGUAUUUAUGUGUGUGUAUGCAAAAAAAGAAAAGAAAAAAGAAAUACCACCAAAAACAAUUCCAGCCAUUGAGCCAAAGCAUAAAAAAAAUCUGAAAAUGCUUAUUUAUUUUUUCUAUUAUGAUGAAAUCCAAAGAGAAGCUUCAACCCUUAAACCUGUGUUAUGAGAAGCAAAAUGGACAAGAUUCAGGGUUUGUGUCCAGAUCAUCUGGGCUUUUAGAACAUUGGGAGUUUUUCUUUUUAGAAUUUCCUACUCGGGAGUCACUGAUGGCAUAGUGGUACACUCGCGUGUUCCCGCUCGCUGACUGUGUGAAUGUGGUUUGGGGUCAGG